AUGUAUGAGAAACUCGCCGCCAUGUUAGAGAAAGGUUUUUGUCACAAACUCAAGAUGGCGCCCAGGUUGCUCGGAGACCGCCGUCGAGACACACGGUAUCCCAAGAUGGACGGUUUGAACAGCAUGCCGUGUGCGGGUCUGCAAGGAUGUGGCCACUCCAGCCCCCCGAAUGUCCCCCGGGCCGUUAACCACUUCUCCCUCCGGGCCUCAGGGAACACUAGCCAGUCCUGCGCUGUAGACGGGAGGACAGCGCAGAUAGAUUCUCCACCUCCCACUAUGGACAGUGCAGUACGUUCGGGCCCGCCCGAGUAG